AUGUAUGAUUUCAAACUGGAAAAAGGUUUUGAUGUGCCAAGACUCAGUAAAGAAACAACCAACAGAUCUCAAUUAUUUAAGGAUAUAUUAGACAACCAUGAGGUUCGCGUGGCGCCUUUUAACACAAUCGCAGAUUCAAUCCCUUUAUCUAUAUCACUGAGCAUUAUGUCGAUUCGUAAGGUGAACGAAAAAGAUAAGACAUUUUCAGCCUCUGUUUGGAUUUCAAUGGCAUGGGACGACUAUCGUUUAAUGUGGGAUCCAGCUUCUUACAUGGGAAUCAAACAGCUUCAAACAACCUCAAAAUAUGUAUGGAUACCUAGUUCAGUCUGUGUUUUUAAUGACGUAACAGACAACAAAUGUUUGACAGAGGAGAAACCAGUGUCAGUUCUUAACAAUGGAAACGUUAUUUAUACAACCGCAAAAGAGAGUCUAACACAGUGCCAAAUAAACGUUCAAAAAUAUCCUUUUGACUCACAGACCUGUUCUUUACGUUUUGGAAAUUUGUUUGCAUUUUCCGAAUUUUUAAACUUUUCAGCAGCUUCUUCCUAUUACAGCUUAUAUUUCUUUGAGCAAAGCGAGGAAUGGGAAGUGCAAAAUGCGUCCGUCACUCUACAGUACACACCAGCAAUGACAACAGAACUCCAUUUCAAUCUGAAUAUCAAGAGAAAACCAGGCUUCGUUGUUCUGACCGUUCUUCUACCGGUUAUAAUUCUCUCUGUUUUGAACGUAUUCGCUUUUGUGUUGCCAAUAGAUUCUGGAGAGAAAAUGGGAACCUCAAUGUCUAUUUUCUUAACUUUCGCCUUCUUUCUGACCAUGAUUAUAGAAUCGUUACCUAAGUCCGAUGACAUCCCUCCAUUUACCGUGUACCUGACCAUGCAACUUAUGAUCAGUGGUUUAACUGUGGUUUUGGAAGCUGUUGUGUUACAUGUUCAUUUUAAAACUGACAACAACGCUGAGAACAAGGCUGAAAAGAAAGUUAUUCCAAUUGACAUGGAAUUGGAGCAUGUGCAAACUGAAUCAAAAAGAAAUUUAAUUACUUUUGUGAAAUCAAAACUUACAGCCAAUGUAUUGGAUCGAAUAUUUUUGAUGUUUGUUAUAAUUGUUGAUUUUAUUUCAUUG